AACCUGUUAAUUGUUGUGGUUUAAGCUUAGUGUAUGAAAUGACCCAGUACUCAGAAGGUGAAGGGAGUAAGUGAGAACUGAGAACUUCUAAGAAACGCCGCCAAUGGCGCAUCGCUCACUCUUCCUCUCUCUCAGACGCUUCUCAUCAUGCAGAAAUAGCGGUUUAGCUUGUGUCCUGAACAGAACAAGAUUCGUGUCUUCGGGUGCUGUGAGCAGUGAUUUGGUGGAAGAGAGUGUGGAAGGUGAUGAUGACCUAAGGAGCAGAAUCUUCAGGCUUAGGCUCCCCAAGCGAAGCGCCACCAACGUUCUUCAGAAAUGGGUCCUCCAAGGGAAUCCUAUUACGCUCUCUCAGCUUCGGGAUAUAUCCAAAGAGCUUCGAAGAUCUCAACGUUACAAACACGCUUUGGAGAUAUCAGAGUGGAUGGUUAGCAAUGAGGAAUAUGAGUUAUCAGACUCUGAUUAUGCAGUCCGCAUAGAUUUGAUGACCCAAGUUUUUGGCAUUGAUGCUGCAGAGCGCUACUUUGAGGGUCUACCUCUUGCUACAAAGACUACUGAAACAUACACAGCACUCCUCCAUUCUUACGCAGGAGCAAAAUUGACUGAAAAGGCUGAGGAACUUUAUCAAAGGAUAAAGGAUUCAAACCUUUCCUUUGAUGCUCUUACUUACAAUGAAAUGAUGACUCUUUACAUGUCAGUGGGGCAGUUUGAAAAGGUCCCUAUAGUUGUUGAAGAACUGAAACAACAAAAGGUUUCCCCUGAUAUCUUUACUUACAAUCUAUGGAUAAGUUCCUGUGCCGCUAUUCUUAAUAUCGAUGAAGUUAGGAGGAUUCUUGAUGAAAUGAGUCACGGUGCUGGUUCUAAUGAAAGUUGGAUCAGAUAUUUGAACCUGGCCAAUAUAUAUAUUAGUGUAGCUCAUCUUGAUAAUGCAAGUUCCAACACACUUGUUGAGACUGAGAAAAGGAUCACCCAAAGGCAAUGGAUAACUUAUGACUUCUUAAUCAUUCUUUAUGGUGGGUUGGGAAGUAAGGAUAAACUUGAUCAGAUAUGGAAUUCCUUGGGAAUGACCAAACAGAAAAUGAUUAGCAGGAAUUACAUGUGCAUCAUUUCUUCCUAUCUGAUGCUUGGUCUUACGAAAGAAGUGGGUGAAGUUAUUGAUCAAUGGAAGCAAUCAACGACCACGGAUUUUGAUAUGCUUGCCUGUAAAAAGAUUUUGGUUGCUUUUAGGGACAUUGGCUUAGCUGAAAUAGCCAACAACUUGAAUGUGAUUCUCAUUGAGAAGAACCUCAGUCUUGGAAGUGAUUAACUAGGAGUUCUCUGAGCAUGAAUGUAAUAUAGAAUAUAUAUAGAUUUGAGAUCAAUUUUGCAACUUCGGAAGGGAAAAUAUAUUUCAUUUGAAAUUUGUUAAUCCAUCCCGAAUGAAUAAAUAUGCUGUGUGAAUGGAAGUCUUGCAAUGCUCUUGUGGAUGUACAAGAUUUCAUUGCUUCUAACUUUUUCAUUUUUAUGGUGCCCUUGGUACAGCGGUAAAGUUGUGUCUUGAUGACUUGUUCGUCAUGGGUUCGAAUCCGGAAACAGCCUCUUUGCAUAUGCAAGGGUAAGACUGCGUACAACAUCCCUCCCCCAUACCUUCGCAUAGCGAAGAGCCUCUGUGCAAUGGGGUACGGAGUUUUUUAUGGUGCCCUUGUCUAGCAGCAUCUUUGAUGUCGUGAGAACCUUUAAUUAUUCCCAUUUUCUGAUUUUGUAGUCGUAACUGCUGUGAUUUUCAUAUUUAUUUCUAUGAAUUUGGAUGUGUUUUGCAUUUUCA